CUUCUGGCUUCCUUCCAAAGAGCACCGACUCCUCCUUUGUGCUGCAGUAGCUCUCAAACCCCCUCCCCUUAGUUUUCUACAUCUAUAUAAUCUACUCACCUCUCAUUUCCCUUUCCUGCCACUGAAAGAAACCUAUGGGCUUGAAGAAUCUUACCACCUUCUUCCUUCUCUACCUACUCUUGACUUCUGUCCUUGGAGCUUUUUGCAGACCAGGUUUUCAAGCAGAUGAUACGGUUCCAUUUCACUUUCAUUACUCCAAUCUACUUCAACCACCGAAGGUGCUGCAUUUAGAGGGACUUAAAGGAGAUGGAUUCUGGGGAAGGAGAUUUCAUGAGACCUCAAGAAGAUUGAUGAUUGGUUCCACAGCACCCAUUUGCACCUACAAUGAAUGCAGAGGAUGCCGAUUCAAGUGCAAAGCUGAGCAGGUCCCUGUCGAUGCUAAUGAUCCUGCCAACAGUGCCUACCACUACAGAUGUGUGUGUCACAGGUGAUGCAAGGUGGAAGAAAUUAGUAGAAGUGUUACCUACAUUAUCUUAUAUGUUUUGAGGUCUUAGAAACUCCUAGCUAAAUAUAAUUCAGCAUGUCAGAUAUAGAUGAAUGGAGGAGGAUGCUGGUUUCUUUUUGGUUUUUUUCUUUUGAACUCAGUUGCUACCUAUUUGAAGGAAUCUAAUUCCUUGUUUCAUGUUAGUAUGUUACAGUGAGAGCCUACAAUAAGAGCUAGAAAGGAAGUUUAAAAUAGGAUUUACAUGGCAUAAAGAGACACUUGCUAUCAUCCGUGAUGAUGUAAAGAAUUUACUUUUCCCAGUAAAUAACUGAAAAGCUUGGCUCA